CGUUUCAGUCCUCUACGACGUCCUCGACCUCGCCGGCCGCGUCGUCAAGCGCGCGCGGCGGCCGGCGCCGGCCCCGGCGAGGCGGAGAACGAGUGGGUGGUGUCCGUACGGCUGGACCUCGUCUGCGUCGCGAGAGGCGCCGGCGUGAGCUGCAUGCUUCUGAGCCCGGCAGCCGCCGGAGUCGCGCACGCGCGCGCCUUGCCCCAGGGGCUGGCGGAGGAGCACGCGGCGUACGAGCGGGAGAUCAGCCACCACACCGCCAUGGUCGCGCUCGGGCAGGUCGCCACCACGGGCGACCGCAAGGUGCUCCGUGUGCUCCACCUAUUCCCCGGCACGGCUCGGCAGUUCUACGAGAUCACCACCCUCGACGGCGGCGGCCGUAGCCGGUGGCGGCGGAUCAAGAACCCUGCGUACCCUGUUGCACUAGGCACAUGGGCGGUGAUCGACGGCACCGUCUUCUUCUUCUCCAGCGAGCUCGUUCAUGGCCAAGACGCCAUGCCCGACCGCGUAGCCUCGUUCGACCUCGACACCGAAGAGUGGGCGCCGACAAUCCGAGGACCCCUGAGUAGUAGCAGUAGCCUCGGCGUCGGGGACGGCGGUGUCGCCGCCGCCGGCGCCGGGCAUCCCAGCGAUCACAUGGAUUGGGGCGAGUUGUCACUGGCUGACAUGAAUGGCUGCUUGGUCGUGACGCAUCGCACGCUUGCCUCCUCCAUGGACCUAUGGUUCUUGAUGGAUGUGGAAAAGGGAUCAUGGGUCAGGAAAUACAGGAUGCAGCUUAGUAUUAGCUACCGGCAUGCUGAACAUACGGUGCGUCCUCUGCUGGUGCUGAAUGAUGGCAGGAUAGUGCUUGUUCACCUAGGAAACAGGGGAUCUCUGAAGAUUUAUGAUCCUAGGACGAGCAGUUCUACAGAUGUGGCAGAGAUUGGGCCCUGUGUUGCGGUUGGUUUGUACAAUGGAAGCGUAUUGAGCUUGGCAAAUGAUGCCAAUUAGCAAGGUAAACUUUGUAGUUAUGCUCUAUCAGUGAAACGUUGAAGAAAAAUACAGUGUUUUUCAUGCUAUACAUGUGUAUACAUCUGAUCUGUCUACUAGAGUUAUAAAAAGAAAUUAAACUGGUGCUUGCUUCUAGAGUUUGGAUCAGGAAUUAUGGGAUAUUUUGGUUGAAUCAAUAAUUAUAAGUGGGAUCUUGUCAAA